GGGCAGUCCAGUGUUGAGGCCCGCCGAUCCACAGGACUGCUGAGGAGUGAAGGGGCAGGUGGGGCCAGCAGAGGGCACCACAGUAGUUCCUGCUCUGGUAGUGAUUUAUAGUGAGAGAGGAAAAAGAAGAGGAAGGAGUGCUGUCUGGGGGCAGUGUGGACAACCCCACCCUACCCUGGCUGAGCAAACCGCAGCUAAAGACAUAUCGACUUUUCACCACCAUAACGCAAACAUGGCCGGCUCACACGGCAGUCCAUCAUGGAGCAGGCAUGUGUUCAAAGCUGUCCUAGUGGUCCUCCUCCUGUUCCACUCGUCAUCAUCCCAGUCCUAUCGAGACUCACCUGGCCAGCAGAAGAGGGAGGCCUCAGCUGACCUUUUGACCCAGAUUGGCCGAUCUUUGAAAGAGACGCUGGAUACCUGGCUGGGACCAGAGACCAUGCAUGUGGUUUCAGAGACCCUGUUACAGGUGAUGUGGGCCAUCUCAUCAGCCAUCUCUGUGGCCUGCUUUGCCCUGUCUGGGAUUGCUGCCCAGUUGUUGAGUGCCCUGGGGCUAGAUGGUGAAUAUCUCACCCAGGGCUUGAAGCUCAGCCCCAGCCAAGUCCAGACCCUUCUACUGUGGGGAGCAGCAGCACUGGUCGUCUACUGGCUGCUGUCCCGGCUCCUAGGCUUGGUCUUGGCCUUGCUAGGGCGGAUCCUGGGGGGUCUGAAGCUUGUCCUCUUUGUGGCUGGUUUUGUGGGCCUGGUGAGGUCUGUGCCCGACCCCUCCACCCGGGCCUUGAUGCUCCUGGCCUUGCUGACUCUCUUUGCCUUGCUGAGCCGGCUCACUGGCUCCAGGGGCUCAGGGGCACAUCUGGAAGCUAAGGUGAGAGGGCUGGAGCGCCAGAUAGAAGAACUUCGAGGGAGGCAGAGGCGAGCGGCCAAGGCACCCCGGAGUAUGGAGGAAGAAUGACAGGGAUGUCCCACAGUGGCACCCUCACCAUACCAAAGAGCUGAGCUGCUUCUGGGUCUCGUGGCCCUCCUUGCAGCCCCCUGCCCUUACCUUGCCUUGUGUCUGAACCCUUGACACUUUGACCCUGCACUAGUCCCUAGCUGAGAGAAGAGAACCUGCCUUCUGCAGGUGCUCAGUCAAGGGAUGGCUCCCUACCCCUUUUCUGCUCCCAGCCUGCGUCCCCCAGGGCGGGUUGGAGGGGCCUCAGCCCCGGGCUUCUGUCUCAGCCAGCACCACUGCCACUGAUCUCAUGAUGAUUAACCUGCUGCUGCCCGGCUUCCUUACAAAAGGCCUUUCCAGGCUGAAGCUCCUGCGUCACCACACCCCAGCUCUUUUCCGACUCGGACUCCCAUCACAUCACCACCCCAAGUCCCUAAAGACCCUCGUGGUCUUCCUCAUUGCACAGCAGUGGGAAGGGCGGGAGAUGCUAGGCCCAAGGCUAUGGGAGAAACAGGGUCCUUGGAGGCCUGUGCAUCUGGGUUCUGUUACAAGUGCCUUAGUGGGAGUCAACAGCACCCUCCAACUGCCCUUGCCACACUGAAUGUAGGAAAGUGUGCUAUGGCUCCUUUGUGUUCAGAAAGAGUAGUCCCUUGCAGAAUCCCAACUCUUGCAGCCAGGCUAACUGUCCUGCAGCUAGGGGCCCUGUGGGGACUGUCAAAUGCCCUUUGGGGAUUUCAGGGACCUCAAAAAUGUCAGGAGGACCCAAUGUCUUGUAUUUCUCCUCCUGUCCACUCUCUGCCAUCCCCGGCAACUGCUGAUCAGUGUUGUCUCCCAGCAGUGGGGAAGAGCAUGGCCCUGCCCUGAUCUCUUCCAGGGGCCCAGAGGGAACCUGCCACUAACUAACCCUCGUCACCAGGGCUCUUGCUCACUCUCGGCCUUGGCCUUUCGGACCUUUUUGGAGGUGUUCUGUGCCAGGUCCAGCACAAGAUGUGAAAAGUAAAUGCUGACUGAUAAGGUUUGAUGUGGAAUCAUGACUGCAGUGAUACAUAUUUUUAUCAGCGCUUGGUUGGUUUUAAAUAAAGUGCACGCUAUUUUAUUAUCUUCCUCUGAAUAAAAUGGAUCUACUCAAA